AUGGAUGGACUUCCAUCAUGUGCGCGGGCAUGCCUGGGCCAAAUUAUCCCUUCAACAAGUUGUGCAAUAAACGACCUCAAGUGCAUCUGCCUCGAUACGCAACUCAUCACGCAGCUCGGGGCUUGCAGCUUGCAAAAUUGCACAAUCAAGGAAGGCCUAACAGCAUCCAAGUUGCUCUAUACAGCAUGCGACUACCCGGUGACAGUCGAUGACGAGGUUUAUCCCCCAAUCCUUACUGCUGGGAUAACCUUGUCUGCGCUCGCCUUUAUCAUCCGAAUCGCUGGUCGACUUAUGGGGGGGAAUGUUGGUUUAGACGACAUCGUGGCUUUUCUAGCGCUGCUUCAUAUGAUUGCGGAUACAGCAGUUGGGUUCCUCUUAAAGAAAGCUGGGCUCGGCACGGAUAUUUGGCUUCUCCCAUUCCCUAACAUAACCCAGAUCCUACACCUAUUCUUUAUAACCGAAGUCCUAUAUGUCCUCUGUAUUGCCCUCUGCAAAGUUUCCAUGCUUCUUCUUUACCUUCGUCUCUUCCCUGGGGAAACGGUCCAGAUUGCUACAAAGGCCGCUGUCGCUGUUAUGACAGCAUGGGGUAUUGCCAUGCUCCUUGCAAAUGUCCUCUCAUGCCAGCCUCUCAGCUACUUCUGGCAUGUUUGGGACGUUGAACAUAUUGGUACCUGUAUAAACCAUCAGCACUUACUCUGGGCGCAUGCAUCCACCAAUAUCUUUUUCGACCUGGUGAUUAUAGUGCUCCCAAUGCCGACAUUGCUACGGUUAAAUAUGAAUUGGUCCAAGAAGAUCUGGAUUUGUCUUAUGUUUGCCGUCGGUAUUGUAGUCACUGUUAUAUCCAUCAUCCGCUUGGUGUCAUCCAUCAACCUGAACAUGAACGAAAACCCCACCAAAAGCCUCGUCCCAAUCGGCAUCUGGUCGCUCCUCGAAGUAUACCUCUCCAUUAUCUGUGCCUGCAUGCCCGGCAUGCGCUCCUGCGUUCACAAAAUCUACAGAAAAUUAUACCCAAAGCCGCCAUCGUACAACUAUCCCUCCUUGUCGAAUGAUGGCAGAGUUGGCGGUUCUGGUGAUAGAGCGACUGUGGGACAGCAAAUAGUCGUCUUCAAUAACAAAACCAAGACCCGUGAGCAGGAUGAGUUUAUCCUGCUGCAUGAGCGGUCGAUGGAUGGGUUUCCGAUUUAA